AUGGGAGACGGAUUCGAUCCGCUCCUGAAAUACAACAGAAAGAAGCAGCCGGACAUUCCUGAAAAGGCAAGGCAGCGAUUAUACGGCAUUCCCGGGCGAAACAUAUUCAACUACGACGUUGAAAUACCCAAGGAACGCAAAUUCCCUCCCCCCAACCUUGAUAAAUGCAUGAUCCCUAAGGAGAACGCGAAAGUUCUGGAUUCUAACAUUCCGCGUAUGAGCAUUGCGCUGCGAAGUUCCUUGGAGGAAUCGCUGUUGCCAAAGGAGGAAUGCGUACUCCGACGAAACAGCAAGCAGGUGUCCAGCAAAACCUACCAAUCGCAUAUAGAGCCGGGGUACGUCGCCACAGAACAACCCGUAAAGACAGCACACCUGUCACCGUUCAGGUACACCACCAACCUCGAAGCAGGGUUGGUGCCUGCUUCGGAUGAGCCCUGGCAGGCUCGGCGCCAUUUUAGCGAAGCGAACGCCCAUUCCUACGACUGUAUGUCCCACAACCAACAUCGACAUUAG